GCACGUCCUAGCGGUGGAGCUGGAAGCCGGCCUCGUUCUCGGCCUGGCGCCACCUUCUAGCCGGUAGUGACCUCCUGGGGGAGCUGUCUGAAAAGCAGCACACGAGCUACCCUCUGAGGGCCAUGGGACUGCCCGAUGGGUCCGGUGAGUUGCAGGGCGCAGCCCAAAUUCCGCGUGUCCGCGAAGCGCUAGUAGUUCUGUGACUCCCGGCCUGGCUCAAUUCAGGAAGGAGCCGCCAAAUCCCCGGCAGGCAUUUUCCGCCUGCGGAGCCUUAGUUUACUGCCUUGCCGAUUUUCCGCAGAAGGUUAUCCGUCAGCAGCGAGGGAUGGGGGCGGGAUCCCGCGCGACCCCUGCUCUUGAGGGUUGUACUGAACGUCCCUGGAGUGCUAAUAAAGGCGCUGCAGGGAAGUUGCUGCCUGCCAAGGAGCCCAGGCACGGGAGGUGUGCCAGCUGGGCGCGUUGGGACUGGGAGAGAAACGGCUGCAAGACAGGCUCUAGCCAGGCGGUGGACCAGCAGCGGCCUGAGUCGGCGGGGUAAUGUUCACUCUUGUCACUGCCGGCCUUUGCGCCCUCCCAAAGGGAGGUGCCAAGCAUCAAGGCUCCGCCCCUCAGGCGCGUGCUGCCUGGUAAAGGGAGGGAGCCCUUUAAGAAGACUUGAGAGAUCUUGAAGGAGGGGAGAGGGGCCUCUGAGAUCUCCUGGAGUCGGCGGCGGUGCAGAGAAUCUCUGAAGAUCCUCCUUGCGUCUGCACUGCUCCCUCCUCCGAUUGGACACCCAGGUUAGAGGGUCUUCCCAGACCACGGGACACAGCAGACGGAGGCACUCCUGUCUGCAGCCCAAGAAAUGGAGCUGCAGAGGAGAGACUACCAUGUGGAAAGGCCGUUGCUGAACCAGGAGCAGCUAGAGGAUCUGGGGCACUGGGGCCCAGCGUCGAAGACCUACCAGUGGCGAACUUGGUUUCGAUGCUCCCGUGCUCGGGCCUAUUCUCUUCUGCUCCAGCAUGUUCCAGUCUUGGGCUGGUUACCCCGGUAUCCUGUGCGUGAAUGGCUCCUGGGUGAUCUGUUAUCUGGCCUGAGUGUGGCUAUCAUGCAGCUUCCUCAGGGCUUGGCAUAUGCUCUUCUGGCGGGAUUGCCUCCUAUGUUUGGCCUGUACAGUUCUUUCUACCCGGUUUUCGUCUACUUCCUGUUUGGUACCUCUAGACACAUCUCUGUGGGAACCUUUGCUGUAAUGUCUGUGAUGGUGGGCGGUGUGACAGAAUCUCUGACAGCAGAUGAGUCCUUCCAGCAAAGUUUGAAUGCCACACUUGAUGAUGCCCGUGUGCAGGUGGCCUACACACUCAGCUUCCUGGUUGGCCUCUUCCAGGUGGGGCUGGGCCUGGUUCAUUUCGGCUUCGUGGUCACCUACCUGUCAGAGCCUUUGGUCCGCAGCUAUACCACGGCUGCGUCUGUGCAAGUCCUCGUCUCUCAGCUCAAGUAUGUGUUUGGCAUCACUCUCAACAGUCACUCUGGGCCACUGUCCGUUAUCUAUACAGUGCUGGAGGUCUGUGCCAAGCUGCCUGAGACUGUGCCCGGCACCGUGGUCACAGCGAUCGUGGCAGGGGUGGUGUUGGUGCUGGUGAAACUGCUGAAUGAGAAGUUGCAUGGCCGUCUGCCCCUGCCCAUCCCUGGGGAACUACUCACGCUCAUUGGUGCCACUGCUAUUUCCUAUGGUGUGAAACUGAAUGGCAGGUUCAGGGUCGACGUGGUGGGCAACAUCACCACAGGGCUGAUACCCCCAGUGGCACCCAAGACGGAGCUGUUCGCAACGCUCGUGGGAAAUGCCUUUGCCAUCGCUGUGGUGGGCUUCGCCAUCGCCAUCUCACUCGGAAAGAUCUUUGCCCUGAGGCAUGGCUACCGUGUGGACAGUAACCAGGAGCUGGUAGCCCUUGGCCUCAGUAACCUCAUUGGAGGCUUCUUCCAGUGCUUCCCCGUGAGCUGCUCCAUGUCUCGGAGCUUGGUACAGGAGAGCACGGGAGGUAACACACAGGUUGCUGGAGCCGUGUCUUCCCUUUUUAUCCUUCUCAUUAUCGUCAAACUUGGAGAACUCUUCCGAGACCUGCCCAAGGCCGUCCUGGCAGCUGUUAUCAUUGUGAACCUAAAGGGCAUGAUGAAGCAGUUCUCUGACAUCUGCUCUCUCUGGAAGACAAACCGAGUGGACCUGCUAAUCUGGCUGGUGACCUUUGUGGCCACGAUCCUACUGAACCUGGACAUCGGCCUGGCAGUCUCCAUAGUGUUCUCCCUGCUGCUCGUGGUGGUCCGAAUGCAGCUGCCCCAUUACUCAGUCCUGGGGCAAGUGCCAGAUACGGAUAUUUAUAGAGACGUGGCAGAAUACUCGGGGGCCAAGGAGGUCCCCGGUGUGAAAGUCUUCCGCUCCUCAGCCACCAUGUACUUUGCCAACGCUGAGCUCUACAGUGACUCACUGAAAGAGAAGUGCGGUGUGGAUGUUGACCACCUUAUCACCCAGAAGAAGAAACGAAUCAAAAAGCAGGAGAUGAAGAUAAAGCGAAUGAAGAAAGCCAAGAAGUCCCAGAAACAGGCUGCUUCUUCCAAGAUCUCCUCAGUUUCUGUCAACGUCAACACCAGCUUUGAAGAUGUCAAAAGCAAUGACGCUGAGGGCUCUGAGGCCAAGGUGCACCGAGGGGAGGAGCUGGAGGAUGUAGUCGCCAGCAAUCAAGAAGAUGCCAGGGCCCCAGCCAUGACCUCACUGAAGUCCCUGGGCCUGCCUCAGCCAGGCUUUCAUAGCCUCAUCCUGGACUUGAGUACCCUCUCCUUUGUGGACACUGUGUGCAUUAAGAGCCUGAAGAAUAUUUUCCGUGACUUCCGGGAGAUUGAAGUGGAAGUGUACAUUGCAGCCUGUUACAGUCCUGUGGUCACCCAGCUUGAGGCUGGAAACUUCUUUGAUGAAUCUAUCACUAAGCAGCAUGUCUUUGCCUCUGUCCAUGACGCUGUGACCUUUGCCCUCCACCACCGGAAGUCUGGCCCUAAGAGCCCUGUUUUGGCCACCAAACUCUGACUUUGCUGCAGGAGACUGCCUACCUCUGGAGGUUGUGACAGGUCACCCUCAUGAACCCCCUGCCUCUGGGCCACUUCCAGGUGCCACCUGGGACUCCGUUCCAUGUACCUGUACAUACGACUCAUGGAUGGAUGCCCUUGGACUCCAAGUUCAGUGCUACAGGCCUGGAGCAGGGUAUUGCAGUCAGGCUGGGCUUGGCUGGGUGCUGGAAAGGAGCUCAUGUGGGUUUACAGCUUUGGGAAUAAAUGUGUCCGUCCAA